AUAUCCGACCAUCAUCCAAUCUUUCGUGGACCAUCAUUUGUGCAAGACUUUGACGAAAGUCAUAAAAGCCUCAAGGAAGCUUGAAACAGCUUUUACAAGAGGUUCUAGGUUUGAGAUCACCUAUCGAAAAGUCGUUGUGCCCCGCCUCUUCUGUACAAGAUGUGCGGUAUUCUCGCCUUGAUUCUCGCCGACCCGUCGUCGACGUCGGCCGCCGCCGAACUGCACGAGGCCCUGUACCUUUUGCAACACCGAGGACAGGAUGCUUGCGGUAUUGCCACUUGCGCCGCUGGUGGCCGCUUCUACCAGUGCAAAGGCAAUGGCAUGGCCUCCAAGGUCUUCCAUGAUGGUGCUCGUGUCGCCGAUCUCCCUGGUUGGAUGGGUUUGGGACACUUGCGGUAUCCCACCGCCGGCACCAGUGCCAACGCAGAGGCUCAACCCUUUUACGUCAACAGCCCGUACGGUAUCAGCUUUGCUCACAAUGGCAAUCUGGUUAAUGCCGAUGAGCUGAAGCGUUACCUCGACUAUGAGGGUCACCGCCACAUCAACACGGACAGCGACAGCGAGCUAAUGCUGAACGUGUUUGCAAACGAGCUGAACGAGACCAAGAAGGCCCGUGUCAAUGCCGAAGACCUCUUUGCCAGCCUGUCCAAAAUGUAUCAGCGAUGUGUUGGUGGCUGGGCAUGUACUGCCAUGCUUGCCGGCUUUGGUCUGCUCGGUUUCCGCGACGCUUUCGGCAUUCGUCCUUUGGUUCUCGGCUCUCGUCCCUCGGCCAGCGGCCAGGGUCUGGAUUACAUGAUGGCCUCCGAGUCGGUUGCUCUGGACCAGCUUGGUUUCGGAGACCACCGGGAUAUCCUGCCCGGUGAGGCCGUCAUCAUCCAGAAGGGCUGCGCGCCUGUCUUCCGCCAGGUUCAGAAGCAGCUCGCCUACACGCCUGAUAUCUUCGAGUACGUCUACUUUGCUCGUCCUGACACCAUCAUGGACGGCAUUAGCGUGCACCGAAGCCGUCAGAAUAUGGGUUACAAGCUUGCCGAUACCAUCCGCCGGGAGCUUGGACCUGAGAUCCUCAAGACCAUUGACUGCGUCAUUCCUAUUCCCGAAACUUCCAACACCUCGGCCCUUAGUGUCGCUCAGUAUCUCAAUAUCCCUUACUCCCAGGCCUUUGUGAAGAACCGAUACAUCUUCCGUACCUUUAUCAUGCCCGGCCAGGAGGCGCGUAAGAAGGGUGUGCGGAGAAAGUUGAAUGCUAUGCGUCCCGAGUUUGAGAACCGCAACGUUUUGCUCGUGGAUGACAGCAUCGUCCGUGGCACGACAAGCCGAGAGAUUGUCACCAUGGCGCGGGAAGCUGGCGCCAAGAAGGUCUUCUUUGCCAGUUGUGCCCCUCCCAUUACGCACGCUCACAUUUACGGUAUCGAUUUGGCUUCGCCCUCUGAGCUCAUUGCCUACCACCGGGACGCCAAGGCGGUUGCUGAGCACAUUGGCGCCGACGCAGUCAUCUACCAGACUCUCUCCGACCUCAAGGAGUCUUGCGCAGAGCUGUCGCCUCGAGGAAAGGAGCAGGAUUUUGAAGUCGGUGUCUUCUGCGGCAAGUACGUGACACCGGUGGAACAAAGCUACUUUGACCAUCUCGAGCGGGUCCGGGGUGAGAGCAAAAAGCUGAAGGUCAUGGAGAGCGCACGUGAGGCAGUUAUGCACGGUGUCGCCAGCCUCGAACAGCUCCAGAUCACCACCAAUGGUGUCGAGGUUAACGGCAAAGGGAAAGUCGUUCCUGCGACUGGUCCUCUUGCUGCCGCCAAGCUGGCGGACGGCCGGGGUCUGAUCGACAGCAGCAGCGCCGGAACACCUGCCACAGAAGAGCCUCUGCAGGUCAGAGAGCGUAUGGAUAUCAGUAUCCACAACUUUGGAGAUUAUCAUGAACGGACGUACGGGUGAAAAGUGAUAUACCCUAAUGCUGUUCAUUUUUCUUUUUUAUCUCAGGUGGGCUUUCUGAUUUCACAACUUGUCAAUUUUUUUUUUUUCUCAUCGCAUAACAAUUUUUGACAUGAUAUGCAUGUCGAUUUACCAUCCUGAUAGCACGAGAUGCAUGGUGGCAUAGUCUCCCUAUCUAUAGAAAAGGGAUUUUAUUUUGAAUAUUCCGCGACAGAUGAAAUCCUGUCAUGACUACGAUACGAUAGAAAAAGAAAUACGAAAAAGAUGAUGAAUCACUU